CUGAUUUUGACAUACGCCUGAGCCUGAGCGAUUCACAACAAUAACAAACACAAAGCAAAUUGCGUACCGAGAAGGAAACAUAAUCAAUUAAAAAAAUUCCACAACGGGCAUUAUGCACAAUUAAAGGCAUAGUGUUGCAUCAACUCCAAGCCAAUCUUGUAUUCCCGGUGAUGUUCGAUUUGUUUGGGUUCAUCCGAGAACUGAUUGGCAGCAUGUUGGCGAUAUUUUCGUUCAGCAAAAAGAAGCUCUCGAACUCGCUGAGCGUGUACGUGAAGACGAACACCGGCAGUACGCUGUCGGUCGAUCUGCAGCCGCACAUGGAAAUAAAGGACGUGAAGGAGAUGGUGGCGCCACGGUUGGGGCUGGAACCGCAGGAGCUGAAGAUCAUUUUUGCCGGCCGUGAGCUUUCCGAUACGACGACGAUAAGUGAAUGUGACCUAGGCCAGCAGUCAAUAAUACACGUCGUGAAAAGCAGACCCAUCGCGGCGGGUCAGAAAAAGUCGAUGAAACCAUCGCUCAACGGAACCAUAUCGGAGGAACCUUCGCCCGAUGAGCAGCCAAGCAAGCCACUGUCCGAGACGAUGUCCGAGCUGACGGUGCUGGACGAACGGAACGGGCCCACCGCUACCGAACGCAAGAAGGCACACUUUUUCGUGUACUGUUCACAGUGUGAGAAGGUGUGCAGUGGGAAGCUACGGGUACGGUGCGGUAUUUGUGGUAGCGGUGCGUUUACCGUGCACCGGGACCCUACCUGUUGGGACGAUGUGCUGAAACGGAAACGAAUCACGGGCCAUUGCGAAAAUUACGAGAUACCUUGUGUGGAAAACGAUGAAGGUGAGCCACCAUUUACGGAGUUUUACUUCAAGUGUGCGGAACACUCGUCGGGCGGCGAAAAGGACUUUGCGGCCCCGUUGAGCUUGAUCAAAACAAACCACAAAAGCAUCCCGUGCAUUGCGUGUACUGAUGUGAGUGAAACCAUUCUAGUCUUCCCGUGUGCAGCUGGACACGUGACCUGUCUCGAUUGCUUCCGCCAGUACUGUGUAACGCGCCUGCUUGAACGACAGUUCGUAGAGCAUCCGACCGGCGGUUACACGUUGCGAUGUCCGGCCGGCUGUGAAAACUCCUUCAUCGAGGACGUUCACCACUUUAAGCUGCUGAACAAAGAGCAGUACGAGCGGUACCAACGAUUCGCCACCGAAGAAUUUGUGCUAAAGAAUGGUGGUGUGCUCUGUCCCCAGCCGGGCUGUGGGAUGGGACUGCUGGUAGACGAAGAGUGUCGUCGCAUUCAGUGCCAGAACGGUUGUGGGUACGUUUUCUGUCGCAGCUGCCUGCAAGGUUACCACAUUGGCGAGUGUUUCGAAACGCCGACACCUACCACACCCGGACACGAGCCCGGGUAUGCGAUCGAUCCACAGCGCGCCUCGGAAGCUCGAUGGGACGAGGCAACGAAGAUUGCGAUCAAGGUGACGACGAAACCGUGUCCCCAGUGCCGGACGGCAACGGAGCGCGACGGUGGCUGUAUGCAUAUGGUUUGCACACGAUCCGGCUGCGGGUUCGAAUGGUGUUGGGUUUGUCAAACACCCUGGACGCGCGAUUGUAUGGCCGCCCAUUGGUUUGGAUAGGAACGAAAUAAACGAAUCGGGGUUUUACCCGUGACUAAUUGAA